AUGCGCAAGGAGCUGGAGACUCAGGUAGCUAAACAGCUGGAACUCGGAGUCAUCAGGCCGUCGAAGAGUGAAUGGGCCGCGGCGCCCCACUUCGUCAAAAAGAAGACGG